AUGAACCAAAUCACCGCGCUGAACGAGGCGUUCCCGAGCCCGGCGGCUCUGGAGGCCAGCACGAACAGGCACGAGCAGAAGAAUUUCCGCAUAGCGACGAGGAAGCUGCCCAUCUCUAAAGCCGGCGCUAUUGACGCCAUGACGGAGCGCAUCGGCAUCCCGAUACCCGAGAUGAUCUUUGGCGACAACCUCGUCAGCGUCACGCACGUGCCGACCGGCUGGUCCAUCGGCUUCACCGCGCCCGACGCCCUUGACGCCGUGGACAAGACGGACAAGCACAUGCUCAAAGUGGCGUACGCGCGCGACUGGGAGAGCACCCGCGAAGGCACCACGCAAAAGAUCAAGGAAGUGGUCCGGCCGUACGACUGGAGCUACUCGACGACAUAUGCGGGAACGGAGACUCCAGCUGAUAACGGAAGAAAGCUCCAGGAGAGCACUGAUGCUAUUCCGAUCGAUCUGCUCAAGCGCCGCGAUCCGAUGUUGUUCUUUGAUGAUGUUGUGUUGUACGAGAGCGAGUUGGACGAUAAUGGCAUAUCCAAAUACAACGUCAAGUUGAGAGUUCAUGAGCACCGCAUGCUGCUGCUCUGCCGCUUAUUCAUGCGCUUGGAUAACGUCAUUGUGCGAAUUCGCGACACACGCGUCUACGCGGAUUUCAUGGGCGACGAAGUGAUUCGCGAAUAUACAGAGAAGGAGGCCAGCUUUGACGACGUCAAGAACGCGCUUUAUCGUUCUGGCCGUCUGCCCGACAGCAUCACUAGCGAUUUACGAGACCCCAACGCUCUCGAUCCGUGCCUCAAGACUGUCGAGCACAAGAUCGAGUCUGUACGGUUGCGAGAGGCUUAG